GCUAGAGAGCGCCUGGACCUGGGCAGUGUAGGGCUCAAGGGCCGGCUCCUGGGGCUUGAGGCAGGGGAGGAGGCGCAGGCGAUGGUGCUGGCGCUACGUUAUCUAGGCAGUGUCUGCGGAGUGGCCCGCGGGGGGUUUCCCGGGGGCUUCUCCGCGGCGUGCGCGCCCGCGCCGGGGAAGCCCUGGCUGUUGUGCCAAGGUGGCCGCAGAGCCAGCACCAGCUCAUUUGAUGUAGUCAUUAUUGGUGGCGGAAUUGUGGGGCUUGCCUCUGCCAGAGCACUCAUUCUGCGACAUCCAGCUCUUUCCAUUGGUGUUCUGGAAAAGGAGAAAGAUUUAGCUAUUCAUCAGACUGGACAUAACAGUGGUGUCAUACAUAGUGGAAUUUAUUAUAAACCUGAAUCUCUGAAAGCUAAGUUAUGUGUACAAGGCGCAGCCCUCAUCUAUGAGUACUGUAACCAAAAGGGAAUUUCCUACAAGCAAUGUGGCAAGCUUAUAGUAGCUGUUGAACAAGAAGAAAUUCCCAGACUUAAGGCCCUGUAUGAGAGAGGCCUGCAGAAUGGUGUCCAGGACCUGAGGCUGAUCCAGCAAGAGGACAUAAAAAAGAAGGAGCCAUAUUGUAGGGGUCUAAUGGCUAUUGAUUGUCCUUAUACUGGCAUUGUGGACUAUCAGCAGGUGGCUUUGUCAUUUGCCCAGGAUUUCCAAGAAGCAGGUGGUUCUGUUUUGACCAAUUUUGAAGUAGAAGAUAUUGAAAUGGCUAAAGAAAGUCCUUCAAGAAGUAAAGAUGGGAUGAAAUACCCAAUUGUUAUAAGGAAUACAAAGGGAGAGGAGGUUCGAUGUCAGUAUGUUGUGACAUGUGCAGGACUUUACUCAGACCGUAUUUCCGAGUUGAGUGGCUGCAAUCCCAAUCCGCGAAUUGUACCAUUCCGGGGAGAUUACCUGCUCCUGAAGCCAGAAAAACGCUAUCUUGUAAAAGGGAAUAUUUAUCCAGUCCCAGAUAGCCGAUUUCCUUUCCUAGGAGUUCACUUCACACCAAGGAUGGACGGCAGUAUUUGGCUAGGGCCGAAUGCAGUUCUUGCCUUUAAACGAGAGGGUUACAGACCCUUUGACUUCAGUGCCAGAGAUAUUAUGGAUAUAAUUAUCAAGAGUGGCUUGAUUAAACUGGUGUUCCAGAAUUUUUCCUAUGGAGUUAAUGAAAUGUACAAAGCCUGUUUUCUCAGUGCAACAGUAAAGCACCUUCAAAAGUUUAUCCCUGAAAUUACUGUCAGUGACAUACUUAGAGGUCCAGCUGGCGUAAGAGCCCAAGCCCUGGAUACAGAUGGAAAUCUCAUAGAAGAUUUUGUAUUUGAUGGAGGAGUUGGGGAUAUUGGAAAUCGCAUUCUUCAUGUGAGAAAUGCACCUUCCCCUGCUGCCACUUCUUCCCUUGCAAUUUCUGGAAUGAUUGCAGAUGAAGUACAACAAAGAUUUAAAUUGUAAAUAAUGAAAGGAGCUAGGUAUGCAUUUUAAUCUCCACAUUCAGCAACAAGAAUGUACUAACUACAUUCUUUAAGUUUCAUUUAAGAAAAAUGGUUUAAAAUGUCAUUUUAG